UAGCCUUUAGUCUGAAAACAUCUAUAAAGUGCAUAUCUAUUACUUAACAUUAUUAAUUAAUAUCCUUUCUGGGUGAAAUAUUGUAUAAAUAUCGAAGCUCCAAGCGGUCAAAUAAUGUCUGUUGUACAUUCUAGUCGGCAUGACAACUGUAUUGAUUUGAAAUGCUAGAACGUCUUAUCUUACACUAGUUUACACGCUGAUUGCGGCCUAACCAGAAUCAUAUUCUAUUACUCAUUAUUCUAUAUGAAAUUUGGAUUAAAAAGCAAUCAUAAUGUGGCAAGAUAAUGAAGUUAGAUUCGACGUACCUUUCUCACAAAUACAAUUUCGAGUCGGUGAGCUUCUUAUUGACAGACUAGACAUGAUUGAGGAUACAAAAGGCAACAAUGGUGAUAUUGGGCGAUUGUUGGUAACAAAUUUACGAAUUGUCUGGCACUCCGUCUCUCUGCCUCGGAUUAAUUUAAGCAUUGGAUACAAUACUUUUGUCACUGCCACAACAAAAAUAGUUAAUUCGAUUCACGGGGGCCAAACUCAAGCUCUUCACAUUUUGACAUCAUUUCAAAAUUGCAGAUACGAAUUUAUUUUCACCAAUCAAAUGCCAAAAUGUUCACGACACUAUACAUCCGUCAUUGGAGUUUACAGGGCAUACAUAUCUUCAAAAAUCUACAGGGAAGUUAAAUUACGAGUAAGAAUAAUACAGGAAGGUAGAUUAAUAUUAUUGCCACAAGAAAAAGUGCAUACAAAAUUGCCAGGAGUAUGGAAUUUGUCUACCGAGCAGGGAAACGUCGGUACCUUUAUAGUAACAAAUAUAAGACUUGUAUGGUUCGCGGAUAUGAAUCAUCAAUUCAAUGUGUCCGUGCCUUACAUUACCGUCGCCAGCACCAAUAUAAGAACUUCGAAAUUCGGUACUGUGCUUGUCGUCACCAGCAAUGAAGCCAACGGCGGCUACGUUUUGGGAUUUCGUAUGGAUUCCAUUGAGAAACUUAACUUUUUGCACAAGGAAAUAACAGCGCUUCUUGCCACUUAUAAGAGAUCUCCAAUUUUUGGAGUAGAGUACACCUUUGAGCAUCAGGCUGUAACGCAGCAGCCGGACAUUAGCGAAGAAAAUUUCAAGGAGAUUCAAGACAGUAAUGAUGAAAUCUCUCACGUGUUCGGCUUGUAUUUCUCAGAUGGUGGACAGCAACAAAGAGAACCAAAAUUCUCAAACUAUUUGGGUCUCGCUGUUGAGGAACCAAAAGAAGGCAGCACUCUGCAAACACUUUGGGAGUUACUACCAGCUAGUUAAAAGCGUGAGUUAUUGAUAUAUAGACUUUUACAUAAGGCUAGAAUAAUAUUAAAUGGAUACAUGCGCUUUCUAUGCACAGUAUUAAAUUAAAUAAUCGUGAGGUUUCUUUACGUUAUUGAAGUGAAAUAUUGCGUGACUUGAAGAUUCUCUCUAACAUCGUACAACCUUUUAAAAUAUAUGGAACGUAUUUAAAUGUUAUCGGCAAAAGGCGAUAAAUAUAGGAAGAGGACAAUGUUAAGCAAGUAAGAAAAGGAAUUAAAUUGAAUAACGCUU